AUGGCGCAAUGGGGGCAGCAGGGCUACCAAUAUCCUAUGCAAACAGGUUAUAACCCUCAGUUCCAACAGGGAUUCCAACCAGGCGGCGGCAUAGCACCGCAGCCAACUGGCUUUCCCGCUCAACGACCCCAAGGCUUCCAACAACCGCAGCAGACCGGAUUUCCAGGCGUAUCGAGCUUCCAGCAGCCUCAACAGACUGGAUUUCCUCAGCAGCAGGCUCUAUUACCCCAGCAGACAGGCUUUCCCGGUGCUGGCAGCGGUUUCCAGCAGCGGGCCCCACCCCCGCCUCCGCCAGUCCCACCGAUCCCGUCACAAUUCCAGCAGCAGAAUGCGGGCAGGUUCAUGGCUGCGUCGCCGCUCACGGCGCAGCCGACUGGCUACCCUGGCGCAGGCGGGAUGCGCCCGCUCAUGCCGCAGAUGACAGGCUACGUGGACCCACGUCUGCAGAUGAUGUCGAGUACGUUCCUACCCGCGAACCCUUCAAUGCCGUACAAUCAGGCAGGCGCGCCGCAGCUGCCAUCAGCACAGCUGCAGGGCGGUAUGUCACUCCAACAGUCAUUCCAGCAGCACAAUCAGGCCCAGCGGGGGAACACGACGCCGAAGGUCCCGUGGGCGCUGUCCAAGGCGGAGAAGAAGAACUAUGACCAAAUAUUCCGUGCCUGGGACUUGCAAAGCACAGGGUUCAUCAAUGGACAGACAGCACUCGAAGUGUUCGGACAGAGUGGAUUAGACAAGAACGAUCUAGCGAAGAUAUGGGCGUUGGCAGACGUCGACAACCGCGGGAAGCUCAAUCUGGCAGAGUUUCACGUUGCUAUGGGCCUCAUUUAUCGAUGUCUGAACGGGAACGAGAUUCCUGACGAGCUCCCUGCCGAGCUUGUACCGCCGUCGCACAGAGAUCUCGACACGUCGGUCAACCUGCUCAAGGACAUCUUAAAGAAUGAUACACGCGCGCGCUCACCAUCAGGUCUAGACGCACCAGUUUCGAAGCUGAAGGAACGGUCUUUCAACAGCACGUCUGCACCGGGUGCUGGCGGGCGUCAAGACGCGACGGUCUACAAGUAUAAGGAUGAGAGCCCGCCGGGAGGAUUCUACCAGCCCCGAUCACGCCAUGUGGAUCGUAGCACAGUUCGCACUGCGGCCGAAAGCGAGAACCCUACCGCAGAUCUCGAUGACAUGAAGCGGCAGCUGGAGAACACAGCGAAGAUGCUGGAUCGAUCCGCCGACGAGAACGCGUCGCGGACAGCAGAGGACGAGGCACUUGAACGCGAGAUGGAGGACCUGCGCUACCGGGUGAACAGGGUGAAGGACGACCUCGACUACGUGUCUCGCGGCCCCAGGAGCGUUGCUAAGGACGAGGAGCGCCGACGGCUGGAGCGUGAGUUGCUGAAACUUAUGCAUGAGCGCAUACCGGAGGUGGAGAGGAAGAUCAAGGACAGGGAGGAGAGGCGGGCGCGGGAGAAGCGUGAGUGGGCACGCGAGCGAGAUAGGCGCAACGAGCGUUUCGGCAGAUAUGAUGACCGGGACGACCGUCAUUCGUCGCGCUACGACGACGAUCGGGAUAGGUAUCGCAGGAGCUCGUAUGACCGGGACGAGAGGGAUCGCGACUACGACCGAGACCGGCCCUACUCGCGUAACAGAGACAAGGACUAUGACCACGACCGCGACCGCGAACGUGACCGUGACCGCGAUCGCGACUACGACAGACCCCGCAGCCCGUACGCCGCUCGCUCUCCUCCGCCGGCGCCACCGUCCGCUCCUCCCCCAAGCGCCAUCAGCAAUCCGCCUCCUCCGGUGCCGACGCCGAGUAAGUCCCCUGCGCCGAAUGUCAGAAACAUGUCAGCAGAGGAGCGCAAGGCAUUCAUUCAAGCAGAGGCCAAGCGCCGCAUGCAGGAGCGCAUGGCUGCUCUAGGUGUCUCCAAUACUCCGUCACCGUCCCCCAAACUGGAUAAUACCGUGGAGGACCGCUUGGCGCGCGAGAGACAGGAGGCAGAAGAGAGGGCACGUCAGGCCGAGAAGGAAGCGGAAGAGAGGGAAAGGGUGCGUAGGGAACGGCUGCAGAGCGAGAAAGCCUUGAAGGAUGGUGCGGCGUCGCCUGCUCCUCCUACGCCCACUGCAGCAACAUCCGCUCCGCUUGCACCUCCCACACCGUCUACACAGGUGCCGACACCAAAACCGACGCCACCGCCUCCUAAGCCGAGGGCACCUGCCCCGCCCCCUCCGAGGAAGGUCCCCGCCCCGCGCGCACCCGCUACUAGGCCAGCCGCUCCGCCUGCGCCUGCGCCUGUGGUCGCUGCUCCAAGGCAAGAUCCCGAGGAAGACCCCGAGGAGCAGGAAAUUCGCAAACGCCAGGAGGCGCUGCGCAAGCAGCGCGAACGCCUGGAAAGGCUGCGUCAGUUGGAGCAGGAAGAGGAGGAGGCGAGGCGUGCGGAGGAGGAAUAUCAGGCCAAACGCCGUGCAUUCCAGGCGAAGACAGCUUCGCCAGUGCCAACACCACCUGCUGCAAUUACACCUGCCCCGCCAGCACCUAUCGCACCCCCUGCUCCCGAAAUCGCUAGCCCGCCGACGGCCCCAGCACCUCCGCCGCCUCCUCCUCCCCCCGUUGCCAGUCCGCCUACUGAUAAGUCCGCCACUAAUCCGUUCAGUCGCAUGCUCAAGGAAAGCCCUGGAGCCGCGAGCUCACCGCCGACGCCGGCGACAAACGGUAGUACCAACCCCUUCUUUAAGAACCAGGUAUCAUCACCAUCGGCACCUCCCGCGUCUACGCCUCCUACGUUCUUUACUCCUCCGGUACCGCCUGCGUCUGCUGUUCCCCCUUCAUCAAAGAGCCCAGCUCCACCUGCAGUCAAGACGACAUACCACACGGCACCUGGGGAGAGCGAAGGAGAGUGGGAUGAAAUUGAAGAGAAGGAUGAUGACGAUAGCAGUGAUGACGAACUAGACUCAUCUCGCGACACUCGCAACAAGUUGGCGCAGGCGUUAUUCGGUGGCAUUCUGCCCCCGUCACGCCCACAGUCGGCUGCGGCCGCGUCUUCCAAGCCACCGCCUCCAGUUGAAGCCUCGUCGACUCUGUCCGCACCCCUUCCUCCGCCGUCUGCUCCGCCAACUAUGGAUAGCGCGCCUGUCCCGCCGCCUCCGCCCAUGGCGCCGGCUGCACCGCCCCCUCCUGCAGUCGCUGCUCCGGCUCCUACCGGCGAUCGCAGUGCCUUGCUGAGUGCCAUUCAGAUGGGUGCUAGGCUGCGCAAGGCACAAACAAACGACCGGAGUGCCGCGCCGGUAUCUGGCAAGGUAGUGGGCGAUACGGCUCCACCCCCGCACAUCAAUCCUGCUGCUAGGGCACCUUCGCCUCCUGCUCCCAGUGAAUCGAUUCCUGCUACUUUGGAGAUGCCCACGUUGUCUUCGCAAAGGUCCAGCAACAGAGACUCUGUUGAUUGGUAUGCUGGUCUUGCUGCGGAUAGUGGGGCAGUACAACCAGCACAGCUGGAGCAUUUACCGUCGACGCAAGAAGAGGACGAGCCCGAUACCCCCGUGCCUGAAAUCAAAGUCGAUACUGCUGAAAAUGAUCCAAUGUCUGAUGUCGACAAACUUACUGAAUACCACGUUCGCUCCUUAUAUCCGUAUGAAGGCCAACGAGCCGAAGAUCUCUCAUUUGCAGAAAACCUAAUGCUAAUAGCGCAUCCCUCGAAAAGUGGGGGCGAGUGGUGGUACGGCACGCUUGUUCGCGACGGGAAAUCUGGUUUCUUCCCGAAGACAUAUGUCGCGCAAAUUGAACAAGUGAAGGCCAGAGCACUGUACUCCUACACCGGUAGCAGCACCGACGAACUUCCGUUCUCUGAAGGAGACGAACUGUCUAUUGUCGACCGCAGCGAAGCCGAUUGGUGGAAGGCCGAGCAAGGCGGAGUUAUAUUCAUCGUCCCCGCUGGAUACCUAGAAGUUAUGGAGGAGAUCGUCGAAUCCGAUGAGGAGUCUGCUUCUGGAUCUGACUAUGAUUCUUUUUCUGAGUCAGACACAGGAGAAGACGAGGAGAUGAAUGAAGAGGUUCGUGCUGUUGAGCGGGAGGCACGAGAGCUGGAGCGUCAGCGUGUCCUUGAAGCUGCCGGUUUCAUCAUCAAGUCCGAUGUCAAGCCACCCCCCAGGCCUGUGCGAACAAGGAGCCGUCGCAAACGUCGCCCGCCACCUGCAGUCCCAAGACCUCGAUCCACUUCAAGUCUUCCGUCGUCCCCAGGGAAAGAUCUACCUGAACCUCCCGAACCUGAGGACGCAGACCAUUCAUUACGGCUGGAUGAUGCAUUUGAGCGCUAUGAAGCCUUCAGGCAGGCGAAUCCAAACGUGAACAGGCUCUCGAUCGCCUCCAUGGAUAGCAACACGUCCAUGCAGACGCCGACCACGCCGAUAACACGCAGUGCCUCGACUGAACCUGAACCUCGCGUUCCAUUGCUCUUCUUUAGCAUAUUUGGUCGCAAGACCCCCGCAAACGACGGCGAGGCGCGUACAAUGCCUGUAAUCUCCGCCCCUAUACUCACGAAGGACGCCGGCACACCUACAAUGGAGGGCGACAGUGGAUUUGGUUCAUCCUGGGGAAGUCUCGUAGACAGGUCCGCCCUCGAAGAAAUACCGGUAAGGGAACGCCGUCGCCAGGAAGCCAUCUUCGAGUUGAUCACUACAGAAGCCGCCUAUGUCAGAGAUCUGCAGCUCAUCGUCGAGUUGUUUUAUACUCACUUGCUAGAGAUACUCGAUGAAAGGGCAGUCAAAGUUAUCUUCGCCAAUGUUGAAGAAAUCCUAUUAACAAAUACGACGCUUCUGAGCUCUCUCGAAGAGCGUCAGAAGGAAUGUAGGCUUUACAUUGACGCGAUUGGCGAUAUUCUCAGAGCGAAUAUGCCUGAAAUGGACAAAUACGUGGUAUACUGCGUCAAUCAAGCCUAUGCAAUCAGGGUUCUACAAUCGUUGCGUGAGUCUAACCUCGAGCUGUCUGCUCGCCUGCAGCGCCUUCGGGAUGACCCAGCAGCCCGGAACCUUGAUCUUUCGAGCUAUUUGCUUGUGCCGAUGCAACGAAUCACCCGUUACCCGUUGCUCAUCAAACAAAUUCUGCACUACACUGAGAUGAGCGAUGAUCGCAGGCAGAUAGAGAAUGCUCUCGCGAUCGCGGAGCGGAUCCUCGAGAACAUCAACGAGACCAUCAGAGAACAGGAAGGAAGAGAGCGUUUGAGAGUAAUUUCGAAGGAUUUAUGGCUUGGGCAUGGCCGUCUGGACCUGACGGCUCCGACCCGUUAUGGAAAGACUCGCAGACUACUCAAGGAAGGUACUCUUAUGAAGGCGAAGAGUGGGCGCCGUCUUCGUGCGUUCCUAUGCAGUGACAUCCUAGUCCUCACAGAGGACACGGCGAAGAGGCUGUAUCGCACGCCUAUUCCUCUCGGUGAAGUGCGGGUGAGAGAGAUGCCGGGGCACAGAGACGAUCUCGCAUUCCAGCUUGUGACGGCCUACCCUCGCGGAGGAGACACCAUUGCCCUCCGGGCUAACUCGGCGCGCGACUGUCAGCUUUGGAUGCAGGCCAUCGAGAAUGCUAGCAAGAUGUGUCGCGAAACCGAAAGAAAUGUUGCUUCACGAUAG